AUGGCCGCCUGCGGGGCGCCGGAAGCGCCGCCCGCUUCCGCUUCCGGUCCGGUUCCGUGGGCCGCGGUCACGCCCACAGUCACGGAGCAUAUUCGGUCCCGCCCCGCCCCGCCCCGCGGUGUCCGCGGCAACGCCUCGCGGCCGCCCCCGAGCCGACAGGGGGCGCCGCCGGCGGAAGCUGAGCGGGCGGAAGCGGCACCGUCACCAGGUAACGGGGUCGGUGUUGGGGCGAUGAGCGGCGGGGCCGGGCGGCGGCGGCGCCUGGUUCUGCACGUGGACCUCAACAACACCGUGGUGGUGGCGGACACGGUGACGGGGCAGGCCCCGCGAGCGGCGCUCAAUACCUUUCUCAGCACUGUUACCUGGGGCCGCGCCGGGGCUGCCGGCGAGUGGGAGUGGGUGAGCGACUGCCCGUCCCUGGGCCCGCCGUGCCCCGGCGCCCUCAGCUACUACAGCCGCCACGGCCGGGACCCCGCCUUCACCGAGGCCGGCCCGGGCCGCCGCUUCCGCGACCUCCACGCCCGCCACCUGCGGCUGCUGGAGUGGCCGGGCCGGCCGCAGGAUGCCUUGUCGGUGACGGGGGAGCCCGGCAAACGCUACCACCUGAUCCUGCCCUCCUUCUUCCGUCUCCUGGAAACGCUGCACCGUGACGGCAGGGCCUUCGCUGUUGUCUUCAGGACCUUCGGCACCGACCUGCCCCGCGCCUUGCAGGCCGUCAGCAGCGCUCUGGACGGGCAGCACCCCCAGUUCCCCGCCCUGCGGGACCUGGCGCUCCCUGUGGACCUUACCCCUGGCCAGAUACGCUGCAGCAAGCGAGAGGUGGUGCUAACACGGGGAGCAGAGCGUCUGGCCACCCGGGAAGACAGAAGAAAGCUUUACAACUACUUCAGCUCCUUUGAGGGAAUUGGAGGCUUCCAAGACCACUUUGACUGGUGGGCCAAAAAUCAGUUCUCGUCCCAGGGUGGGAAGCCCCUGUGGAUAGACCCCCAUGAUCCUGAUAUUCACCACAUCUUCAUUGAUGACAACAUCCGGCUGGACGAUGGAGACACCAUUGUUCACCCCCAGGUAUUCUCAGAGCAGGGCAGCAGCAGUCCCAGGAGUGUGCCCACCUCGGAGCUGUACAACAUUUGUCUGGUGCAAACCAAUCUGCUAGAGGCCAUUGCUGAUGAGGACUAUUUCCUGCGCUGUGUGAGGAGGUGCGAGGAGAACUACGACCGCUACCUGGCCUGCAUGGAGAAGGACACCCCAAGCCAGCAGUGGGAUGGACAGUGAUACCACCUCCUGGGACUGAGUGGCUCCAGACUGGGACACCACCUGCUUCCUGCAUGCAGGCAAAGUCCCAGGCAGGCUCCUGCUUCAAGCUGUUACGUCUCCAAUGUGCAAUAUGGGCGUUCAGUCCUAUCAGGAGCUUUCAUGAGCAAACACAAGCGUCCUGGGAGGUUGUGUGAUGGGAUUCUUGGAGGAAAUGGUUUUCCAUUCUUUGGCUGUAUUGCCUGUGGUGCCCACUUCUGCGUGAGGGCUGGGGCUCACUGUCCCCCUGCAGUCGCCAGGCAGGUCCCUUCCACCAUACUGUGAUGCAGACAGCCUUGCAGUAUUCACACCUCCCUUCCCGCUCCUGCAAUGAUGUCUGGUGCAGAGCAGGUUCCAGGAUGAGUGCAGUGUUAUCAGCUACAUCCCCAGGUGGCAUUUGUGGUGUGGUGUUCUCAGCGGAUGUCUUGUCACUUCUGUCUGUUUUUAAAGCAAACCUUUUUAGCUCA